AUGUCUUCCCCGGGAUGGCAGAGGGAGAACACAGAUCAACGAGAUGAGCUUCCCAAAAGCCUAAUACUUGACGAAGUUGUUACUGGGCGGGAGAACGAGGCGCAAGCCACUGCCUCUAAAGACGGGGACACUGAAGUGAAACACAACGAGGACAAAUUAUAUGAGCAAACUGGAGAGUCUCCAACGUCAAAAGACAAUGAUUCAAUACCAGUAAUAAUGGCACAAGAAUCGAAAAAUGAGGAUACCGUGCCAGACACCAAGGGCAAGUCAACAGACCAGCCAGAGAACACGAGCGAAACGCAACCCUCACCAGACCCCAUGGAGUCCUCUACCGCAACUCUAAAACCAUCGGUGCAGCCCAUAAAAGAAGACGAUACUUCAGCGACCGAGGGAUCAAGCGGAAAACUUUCUGUGAAUGAGCAUGUGUAUCGAGAUACUACCCCGAAGACUCCAGCAGCGUCGCAGCCCCCAUCGCGAUCAGCAUCUACCUCAAACGCAAUUCCCAAGUAUCCUGGAAAACUAGAUGCUCCAGACAGAGCGAUGUCUCCUACAAGAUCUGAUGCCGGGUUUGACGAGAAGGCUUCGGCCAGCGAGGAUGAGCGGGAACAAUCUUCGAGAUCUGAAAUACAGAGUAUAAUGGAACAAUUCAGCGAGGACGGUCAAGGCCCAGGCCAUGAAGAAGUCAUGUCUCCUCGUUUAGAGGCUGCUGGACCGCUUUUAGGUAGUCCGAUUCAACAUCCUCCGAGGAAAUCGAGCUUAGAGCCAUUGAACUCGAGCCCGAAUCAAAGCAUGAAGGAUCUCCGAAUAACGUCACCCAUCAUGACCACAGAACAGACGCCAUGGGGUUCAACAGAUGUAGGGCCAGCUGUACCACCGAAACCCGGAUCUAUACGUAGUUUUGUACCACAGAGAACCGGAGAUAGUCAAAUUCAUGCUCCAGAUACACCUAUAUCCCCGCCUCUACACAGACCUCCACCCCCUGAGCCGGAACCUGAGCCACCUCUUCCUUUUGAUUUCCACCGUUUUCUGGAGCAACUAAGGCACAGAACUGCGGAUCCUGUGGCUAAAUUCUUGAGGUCAUUCUUGCAAGAGUUUGGCAAGAAACAAUGGAUGGUUCAUGAGCAAGUCAAAAUCAUAAGUGAUUUCCUGGUAUUUAUUACAGGAAAAAUGGGCCAGUGCGAAGUGUGGCGAGAGGUUUCUGAUGCGGAAUUUGACAAUGCCCGAGAGGGUAUGGAAAAAUUAGUAAUGAACAGACUAUACACGCAAACAUUUUCACCAUGCAUUCCUUCUCGUCAACCGGUUCCGAAACACAAACGUAUAAAUGGCGAGCGGUUUGCGGGACCUGGAAGAAGAGGACAACAUGAAGAGGAUGUUGAACGUGAUGAAAUACUUGGGCAGAAGAUCGCUAUCUAUGGUUGGAUAAAAGAAGAGCAUCUUGAUAUAACGCCUGUUGCAGAAAGUGGUGCGAAGUUUCUAAUGCUAGCCCAGAAAGAGCUCAAGAAGAUAAGGAAUUAUCGUGCUCCCCGAGACAAGAUCAUUUGUGUUCUCAACUGUUGCAAAGUAAUAUUUGGUCUCCUCAAACACGCCAAGUCAGAUGGGUCUGCAGAUUCAUUUAUGCCUCUACUCAUCUAUGUUGUUCUUCACGCCAAUCCCGACUUUCUUGUGUCGAAUCUCCAGUAUAUACUAAGAUUUAGAAACCAGGAGAAGUUGGGUGGAGAAGCGGGAUAUUACCUUUCGUCUCUGAUGGGCGCUGUUCAGUUCAUCGAAAAUUUGGAUCGAACAAGUCUCACAAUAUCAGACGAAGAUUUUGAAAGAAAUGUUGAAGCUGCUGUAUCUGCUAUUGCCGAGAGGCAUCAAGCUGAUGAAAUCCAAGAAAAUAUGCCAAGAAUUCCAGAGAAAUCAUCCCUCAGCCGUCCAGAAGUGACGCCUCGUCAUUCAAUGGAGGGCGAAUCGUCCACGCCACGGAAGUCAACCUCGUCAAACGAGUACAGCGGAGACGAUGAGAAAGCCGCGAUGAGUGGCUUGCUAAGGACUAUACAGCGACCAUUAACCUCAAUCGGACGUAUCUUCUCUGAUGAUGGUGGUAGCUCAUCCCAAACUGGUCCCGCAAGAACGCCUCUACCAGGAAGCACCCCUCGUAUGAGUCCCAAUCCACGAGUAAGCUCCGAUGCUGCCCGAGGACUACCUCAACCUCCUCUUCAAUCUCGCGACCCAGCCACUCGCUCUCGGAUGACUGCUGAGGAUGCUGCUGCUCGACAAGCUAGCGCUGAAUUGGCCGAGGCUCAUCGAAUUCAGCGUUCAGAGCACGCUAAUAUCGUGGAGACUCUUUCCAGCAUGUUCCCAGAAUUAGACCAAGACCUUAUAAGUGAUGUGGUGAAGCAGAAAGAGGGCAGGGUGGGUCUCGCGGUUGAUGCGUGUCUGGCGCUCAGCUCCUAG